AUGUCUGCCUUUGACCACUCUCGAGGUGAGAUAGGCAGUGGAUCCACUUCGAACAGUGGGCCAUCAAGUCGAAGGAGAGAAUCUGGAGAAAACAAGCAAUGGCUUCCAAGAAGGUAUCAUUCUUCUCCAUAUUAUCACAGACAGUACAGAUAUGAACACGGCCAUCCACAAAGUAUGUCUUCUGGUCACUCUUCAGUAGGAUACGAGGGCCAUAGUUCACAGUCAUAUGGUUCCAGGCGACCCGAACAAAACAGAUCAUCUAGUUCAUCAGGAACAGUUGAACAUUCGACAGCAGCAUUCGAACGCAGACAAUACUCAAGGGAAAGUAGUUUAAAUGGUUCAAGAGAUGGGUCGCGGCAUAAUUCAUCAAAUUCAGGUGGCGACUUAAUUGGAGGAGCAUCCAAGAUUAAUCAUAGUGGUGAUUUGAUAUCUCCGAGAAGUGGUUCUGCAAACGGAGGUUCUUCUUUUGGUACUCGAGGUUCCAAGAGAGACUAUUGGAGCGGAAAUAGCUCCUCUUAUAGUCGCCCUGCAUACAGUAGGUCACGAUAUUAUGAUGAGCCCAGAUACAGAUGGAACCCCUCCAGAAAUUCACCUUCUUCCUCAUAUUAUCAUUCAGUAUCUCCACGCGAGUCCAUCUCCGCUGACUCGCACCAGGAUUUGAAACCAGAAAGUAAACCAUCUGAUGGCACGCAUCAGACACAAAUUAAAGUUGAGCAAGAAGAAAAUGUUAAUGAUGAAGAUGACGAAGCGUAUAGUCCGAAAAUAGGCGUGCCAAGAAGAAGUGACGAUAGCAGUAAAGCAGUGGAAAAUGCGAAUAGCGAAAAGGUGAAGCAGGAGAGCACAGCCCAGGAAGACCACACCGAAGGUACAGCUGCUAAGGACAGAAGUAAGGAUAUUAAACCACAAUCAACAGAGAGUGUACCAAAGCCUCCGAAAAGCACUUCAUCUGGUCCAAUAGAUAAAUUGGUUAUUGAUACAGAGCAGAAGGAAGAGAAAUUAGAGAACAGUAGUGAUGUUGAGUGGUCUGAGGAUGAGUUUCCAAAGUCGAACGGAUGCGUUUUUCCCUUGCAAGAAGUUCCUUACAAGUUGUGGGGCCUGAAAUGCACAGGAAAGAGAGCUAGAAGAACAAAGAUGAUAUACUUUACAUCUGGCCACAUCGACAGUUUGGAUCAGUACAACUUCUACGGCAAGGUUCUGGCAUCGUUCAAAAAGUGUGAAGGUGUGCAGUUGUUUGGCAUUCUGAGUAAGUUGCACGAGAUUCUAAAGGAGAAGCAAUCUCGUUUAACAGAGGAAUAUAUAUCAAGAGAUCACAUUUGGCGCGAUAGGUGUUCUGUUAUGGACGAGCAUUGCAGACUGAUCGAUGAUCUUGAGGACAGGAUAAAGAAGGAUAAGGAGAACAAGAAGGAUGAGAAGAAAAAGAAGAAGGAGGAGCAGCAGAGAAAGGCAAGAGAGCAGGCAUUAAAAGAGGAAGAGGAAAGAAAACAGAAGGCACGUCGUGCACGUCAUCAUGGAGACUCGGUUAGAACUGAGGCGGAAUUUCUGGAUAUAUUGGCUACUUUCGAGAAGGAAAGAGAGAAAGAUCCAUUGGUUAAGGCACAGUAUGGUGCAGCGAUCAUUCCUGAGCAAACUAUGGAUCCGGUCCAGAAGAUGGGUCUAGAUAAAUACAUGAAUUCCAACAACAGAGUUCAGGAUAAGGAUGAAUGGGCCCGCAGAAUUGUGACGGACCCAAUAGAUACAUUUACCGAUGCCGAGCAGAAGAAGUUUGAGAAAGCCUUCGGGUUGUAUCCCAAGAAAUUUGGCCGUAUUUCCAAAUACAUGGGAGGACUCCGGAGCCCCGAGGAAUGCGUUUUGCACUAUUAUGUGACUAAGCGGAAGGUGGACUACAAGGAGAUCGUUGCGAGUAAAAAUAAGCGGGGAAAGAGAAAGGCAAAGAAGAAAGAGAGAGGAAGGAGACACUCUAAGGAAUACAGAGGUAAAAGCGAUUCGAAGACACCAAAUACACCGGACAGCUCUUUGGCCGAGUCAUCAUUUGAGACUCCUGUGUCCAUCAGCGACAAGAAAGAGUCCACAGGUGCAAUGUUACGAUCUCAUAACUUCAGACGGUAUUCUGGUCCUGCGAAAUCCCCGGAAAGUCCGCAAACUCCAAGUACGCCUCAGGAAGCAAGAUUAACACCAAGUACGCCUCAAGAAUCAAGGCGUGUGUCUGAAAGUAUAAUAAGUGCAUCGAUUGCACGUAAAAGCAGGGAUGAGGAUGCAGAUAUGGAUGUAGAUGAUGCAGAAACUGAGCCGGAUUCAGAGGCCGAAACUGAGCCCGACUCGGAUGCUCUAUAUGCCGGUAACCGGUUUAGUGGUGACGAUAUGCAUGCUUAUCACAACAUUGCAGAAGCAGUUCGACCCGAUUCUGGAAAGAGAGAUGCAGAUUCUUCCGCGUUACAGCAUUCAAGUGAUGCUGCUGACAGCUCUCAGCAAACCAGCAAUGCAACACUUGGCACCAUUGCUUCGUUGGCUGCAAGUACUACCGUUAAAGUUGAGCAAACCGAACUGCCAGAUGGCCGCAAGUCGAAACGUGGUAGAAAGAGAACCAGAGAUGCGUCUGUGGAUACUUCAAGAGACAAACGGAAGGAGCGUGGACACAAAAUCAAGAAUAAAGUGACGAGUUACUGGAGUGUUCAGGAAAGUGCAGAGUUUCCGGCCUUACUCGGCCAGUAUGGAACUAACUGGGACUCAAUUGCAAAGAGUCUCGGGUCCAAGACUGCUCCCAUGGUCCGAAACUUCUACCAGCGUGGACUUGGAGUCAACCCGGACUGGAGAAAGCUUGCUGCAGAUGCAGAUGGCCGAAAUGCAUCGGAUGGUUGGAGUGGGCAGGCUGUGCAGACGUCGAUGCAGCAAGCACCAGUACGCCAGAUGUCUUCUGCAUUACCGUAUAACGACCACGAAACAUAUAUUUCCCGCAGGCCAAGUUUGAGCGGCAAUAGUGUGCAAGCAUUGCCGACGUUACAGCAACCGUUUAAGGCCACAAAUGCUCCAUACAGUGAGCCUUACUCUAGUGGCAUGUCUCACACACCACAGCAAGUUCAGUUUGCAGCUUCUUCUGUUGCUUCUCUGCCUCCACUGACGAGGAAGCCGACAAUUAUGAGUCUUCUAAACAAUGAUAACAGCACAUCUCCGCAAGAGUCGCCAAGAUUUGGCUCUGCAUCUGGAGUCACACUUCCUCCAAUCCGCCCAUCAAUCAGCAAUAUGAUAAAUUUGGCAUACGAUUCCAGGCCUGCCCCUACUACCGACGCUCAUUACGAUUUACAGCCAGGAGCAACUUCCACAACCCAGUUAAAACGAGAGCCACCAACAUUUGGCGAUGUGCAGAGGUCUGCUACUCUUCAGCAAGACCAGCAACCACCAUCUCAGGAUGAAAAUGGCUCUUCCACUCAUACGGAGAAACGUGGUAUGAGUGCUCUUGAGGCGUUGGCUCAGGUUGCAUUUGAAAGAAAGUGA